CUAAAAAAAAGACAUUGAGCACUAGCAACACAGGCUAUCGGCUCAAGGUAAUAUAAGUUGUGUAAUUUGAGAAAUCAACCGGGGUAUAAUUUAAUUGUGGAUGGACUCCAAAUAGAUAACGAACGUGAUGGCAAUCGCUAUUAUCUAAAUUAGACCUUGAGAAGACUUGAACCUUGUAUAUUAUAAUAUGAAUGGAGAAACAAAUUACAACAAUAAGAGCAAUAGCAACUAGUUGAAACAUACUUUCAGCUGAGUUGCUCAUUGAUACAUAGAUUAUAUAUGAAUAUUCUGUUAGAGAUGGUGAUGAUGAAUUCAUAUUUUAAGUUGGUAACAAUAAUUACAUCGUUUAAGCUACUUAAUUGCACUAACCUAAUAACAAACUGAAUUAUAUAACAAGCGCUAAAGGAAAACAGCACAAAAGAAACCAAGUGCGCUCUAUUCCAAUUUCAUGUAAAACGAAGCAUUUUAAACGUCGUAAUCUGUUGUGGUACCUUUACCAAUAACAACAUAUAUAACAACUUCAGCCUCAUGCUCAUUACGUGAGGCUGCGUCAAUAUUACGCGAUCAUUUUUGUUUUAUUGGCUUUGAUUGCCUGUGCUUAUGCUAUGCCCGGCGGUCCGGCUGCCUAUGCUAUAUCGGCUGCUGCCGCUGAUGCCGAGUCAUUCGGACAAACGCAAGAGCAUACCGUUAAGGGUCAUUAUGGACAAAACUCACAGUCGGAAUAUUCAACCGCGGUAGAAACAGCACACUCAUCAUCGCAUGUACAACGUACGAGUCAUAGUAACGAUGUUUAUGCUGCUGCCCCUGUUGCCGCGCCUGUCGCACACGCCGUUGCUGCACCUGUUGCUCAUGCCGCUCCUGCCAUUUCCGUUUCCCAUGCUGUCCCGUCCUACGCUCAUGGCUACACUUAUGCUGCCGCCGCCCCAUCGCUUAGCCACAGUUAUGUAGCACAUGCUCCUGCUGUAGCGGCCGUCAAAUAUACUGCUGCUCCGGUUAUCGCACAUGGUGCUCUGGUUGGUAGCCAUGGUUAUGCUGCUCAUUAUGCGGCCGCCGCACCAGCCUAUACGGCUCAUUAUGCCGCCGCACCAACCUAUACUGCCCAUUACGCUGCUGCACCAGCCUACACUGCCCAUUAUGCUGCUGCCCCCGCCUAUGUCAAAACUGUUGCUGCUGCUCCCGCUGUAGUGCACACAUCAUUUUCUGGACAUGGAGUACACUACUAAAAUACUGAAUAUUAUAAUUACAUUAAACCACAAGAGAGUCCCACUACUCGUUGUCAAUGAUAUUAAAAUAUAAAGUUCUCUUAAUAACUGCUAUCAUUUCUUAAAUCUUUAUUUAAAUUGUACUUAGGAAAAAAGGAAAAACAAAGUAAGAGAAAUGCGCUGGCAUUAAAUUAAACA